AUGCCAGCUUCUAAGGAAACCAAGCAGGAUGCUGGUUACUCCAUUCCUUCCACACAAGGCACCAAACGGCGGGCUAAGCACCAAGAUCCUGGUGCCAGCUCUUCGAACCAGCGUCGCUCAACAACCUCAUCGGACGAACCACCCCUUACAGAACCGAAGAGACGCCGCAUCAAGACCGACCUCAGCACCGCCUCUUCCACUGCCUCCUCCACCGCCUCCCAGGAAAGCCUGGCAAGAACCACUAUCCAACGACUCCAGGCCCAGGUGGACAACCUCACGGUUGAGUGCCGAACCCACAAGCACAUAGCCAGAAAAGCUGUGCGAAACCGGAACAAAACCAUGGACAAGAAUGGCGAGAUCUUGAAGGAGCUGAAAAAGACGAAGGAGAAACUGCGCCAGAAGUACUUGACAGCUCCUCAAAGGGAAGGGGAGGAGCAGAUCCGGGAAGGAGUGGAGGAAAUUCGCUCCUGA